CUCGAGUAGCUCUGUUAUUCGGUGACGGACCAGCAGAGACGAUAAAUCGGUUGGUCAUGAUGAGCAGCACAGUGGAGUAGCGAGGACGCUAAGGACUAAUUCACCCCGGAAAUCGGCAAAUGGCGAGGCUGUAGUGGAACAGAUGUUCCAGCAAAAUAAGGUGUUACGGGUUUUACCGUAACACCUGUUCCCAGGACUCGACGAGUGGGCCGGACGGCUGGAUUCGUCCAGGCUGGAAUGAGGACGGGAAUGAGAGGCUCGGAAGGGAGAUGCCGGCGGCAGAAAGACUGAGCUGAAUCAAAAGCCGAGAGUCGAGCGCUGCGUGACGCCCCGGGAGGAGUUACGGAUGUUGAACUUGAGGGGAUUUUCCGUAUCACUGCUGGAGCUGCUGGCCCGUUACAGGAAGUGGAGCAGCACACUCACACUGACAGACGAGCAUGGAGACGCUGCUUUUUCUAUUUCCUCAAUUUAACUACAUGGCCCCGAAGGAGGAAGCAUAUUUCAGAAUGUUUGCUGUAGAGGACUUGCAGUCACCAGCAAUGAAGGACGACAGCAGCAGACAGAAAGACAAAGAGAGGAAGAGCCGACUAAGCCUUUUUCUCACCAAGUCGGGCUCCCAUGAAAACGUCAGUCCCCAUAAAAAGACAAACACGACAACGAGCAACAUCUCACCAGAGGCAGCCUUGCAGUGGAGCGACUCCUUUGAAGAGCUGCUGAAGCACACAGAUGGGGUGGAAACCUUCUCUCAGUUCCUCAGGACGGAGUUCAGCGAGGAAAACAUCGAGUUCUGGUUGGCCUGCGAAGAAUUCAAGACCAUCGAUUCAGAAACCAAGCGGCUGUCCAAAGCCAAAUAUAUUUAUACCGUUUAUAUAGAAUCGGAGUCUCCUAAAGAGGUCAACAUCGACUACAACACAAAGAUGGUCAUCCAGAAAAAUAUGGAGCACCCAACGCGGGGCUGCUUUGACGCAGCCCAGAUGAAAGUCUUCAGCCUGAUGAAAAAGGACUCCUACCCAAGGUUCCUGCACUCUGACAUUUACAUGCGCAUCACUCGGAGGAAGGGCCCCGGAGCCACCAUGUUCCGCAGAAGGUCACGCUCCUGCGUGUUUAACGAGCGGGGGGAAGCCAAAACUGAGCCCUCAGCUUGGUAAUCGCAAACGUUGCACAGCUGUGUGGAAUGGAUUCGCCAUCAUCCGGGGGACCGUCUCUGAUUUGCAACACAACUGUUGAGACACGAUGUGGUGUCUUAAUUUAGGCCCCACAGGUUCUGUUAUGUAGAGUGCAAUAUUUUUGUGUAACCACAGAUUUCACAAUGGAUGACUUCUCAGACGCAGCACCACAGUGAAUUGACAUUAAUAGUAAUUUAAAUGUACAAUUUGGGAAAUAUUUCCUUCCAUUAGUUUUUGUAAGAUUUCCAUCUUUCUUUCAGCUUGGUAAAUUUCAUCCCAUGGUUCCCUCGUUUUACCUUAGAAACGGCUAACAGGGAAGGACAGAAACUGUUGUUAGUUUAAUUUAGCUAUCUUUAUUUUCCUGACUGUUUAUGUUUCGUUUUUUUAUUUGCCUUGGAAGUCAGAGCCUGGAUCUGGAUUAAUAAUCAUCUCUGAACCUUGCUGGGUUCCAGUCACAGUUUUAUAAAAACCACUAUGGUUUGCUCUCUGUUGUGCUACAUUACCAUGCUAAUAACUAUUAGCCUCCCAAGCUGAUAAUGAUGGUAUUCCUCAGAGGUUUAUCCAUCCAAACACCGUAGCAAUGUCAUCAUUAGAAUUAAUUUAUUAACUUUAUGAAACAAACGUUAGCAUAGCAUGGCUGCCAUAUUGGAUUUUCAGGCCAGAGUGUGUGAGAAACGUCUGACCUUUCUAGAUGGAAUUCUGACUUUAUGAAGGAAGUAAUUUCCUCUAAUAUUAAAGUUGGAUAUUGUGACUUAUGCAAUUUCAGUUUGUGAAUUAAAAAGGUAAAGCGAUGAAUUAAAGUAAUGGGUUUUUUGA